AUCACCAAGCCAUUACAGGCUUCAGAGGAAACUGUUUAUGUGACUCCAGAGCUAAUUAGGCUCAUGAACUAACAAAUCGCUAGCACAACUGGUGAGGAACCGAUCACAUUCAUGGAUUGUCUGGAGAAGUCGGCCACCUCUCUCACGAUGCGUUGAGCUGUGCGCUUUUGACAGAUUUUUUACCCUUUCUUUAGCCGCCACUAACUUGCUGACAAAACUUUGGUCUUGGGUGUGGAGUAUUUUUUAGUGCUAACGCGUGUACCAUUUUCACUUAAACUGGGGAAUCUUGACUGGUGAACCAUGUUUCAGCCCACACCGAAGAGGUGUUUUACCAUAGAGUCUUUGGUAGCGAAGGAUAAUCCUUUGCCAGCGUCGAGAUCCGAGGAGCCCAUACGACCAGCGGCUCUCAGCUAUGCAAACUCAAGCCAGAUGAACCCAUUUUUAAACGGCUUUCAUUCCAGCGGCAGGGGCGUCUACUCAAACCCGGACUUGGUGUUCGCUGAGGCUGUUUCACAUCCUCCCAACUGCGCCGUCCCAGUCCAUUCAGUACCACCUCCUCACGCUUUGGCUGCUCACCCACUGUCGUCCUCGCACAGUCCGCACCCUCUUUUCGCAAGCCAGCAAAGGGACCCUUCAACUUUUUACCCGUGGUUGAUACAUAGAUAUAGAUACUUGGGUCACAGAUUUCAAGGAAACGAAACGUGUCCUGAAAGCUUCCUAUUGCACAAUGCACUGGCAAGAAAGCCCAAAAGGAUUCGUACAGCUUUUUCACCAUCACAGCUACUACGGCUUGAACAUGCUUUCGAAAAAAAUCAUUACGUCGUCGGCGCGGAACGAAAACAGCUCGCUCACAGCCUUAGCCUCACAGAAACUCAGGUUAAAGUUUGGUUUCAGAAUAGAAGGACGAAGUUCAAGCGCCAGAAACUGGAGGAGGAAGGUUCGGAUUCACAACAGAAAAAGAAAGGAACUCAUCACAUAAACCGAUGGAGAGUGGCCACAAAACAAGGAAGCCCUGAGGAAAUUGACGUCACCUCAGACGAUUAAAAGACUUAAACUGUUUGAACCCGGGACAGCGGCGUGGCUUGAAUGAUGUCACGGAUAAGGAUGCUGUGUACUGACAGAGGGAGAGGGUAAAGCCAAUAUCACAUUUUGAUUCUUCGAGAUCGGCAGCUUGAGGGUGAGAGAUCCUGUUGGUGGCACUGCUGUCACUACAAGGGAACUGUCAAUAAUUUUCACGUUGCCAAGGCAAGGUGAUUGACAGGUAUUACAUGCAGCCCCCCGCCCCCCAUCACCACACUUACCCGCUCGACCUCGUCACAACUAUCACAAAAUAUAGCUGAAAUGCGCUAGGACAUUUGCACUUCUGAGGUUUUUUUCCUCUCGUUUUA